AUGCUGCAGCCAGAGCCCUCCCUGGGGCCGGGAGGCCAGGGCCACCGGCCUGGCCUCCUGCCCGUGCUCCUGACUCUCAUUGGCAUCGCCUGGGCAGAGGUGCAGCCACCCCAACCACCAGAGCAGGCUCAAAUGCCCAGAGCCCUGAACAGAAAGGAGAGUUUCUUGCUCCUGUCUCUACACAACCGCCUGCGCAGUCGGGUUCAACCUCCUGCAGCCAACAUGCGGAGAAUGGACUGGAGCGAGAGCCUGGCCCAACUGGCUUAUGCCAGGGCAGCUCUCUGUGGCGCCCCAACCCCAAUCCUGACUUCUGACCCACGGCGUGUUCCCCAAGUGGGCUGGAAUGUGCAGCUGCUGCCUGCAGGCUUGGCCUCCUUUGUUGAAGUGGUCAGUCUCUGGUAUGCAGAGGGGCAGCAGUACAGCCAUGCAGCAGCCGAGUGUACCCACAAUGCCACCUGUACACACUAUACUCAGCUCGUGUGGGCUACCUCGAGUCAGCUGGGCUGUGGGCGACACCGGUGCUCUGUGGGCCAGGUGGCGAUGGAAGCCUUUGUCUGUGCCUACUCUCCUGGAGGCAACUGGAAGGUAAACGGAAAGACAAUCACCCCCUAUAAGAAGGGCGCCUGGUGUUCGCUCUGCACAGCCAGUGUUUCUGGUUGCUUCAAGGCCUGGGACCAUGCAGGGGGGCUCUGUGAGGUCCCCAGGAACCCAUGUCGCAUGAGCUGCCGGAACCAUGGACAUCUCAACAUUAGCACCUGCCAAUGCCACUGUCCCCCUGGCUACACAGGCAGAUACUGUCAAGUGCGGUGCAGUGUGCAGUGCCUUCAUGGCAGGUUCCGGGAAGAGGAGUGUUCCUGCGUCUGCGACGUUGGCUAUGGGGGAGCCCAGUGUGCCACCAAGGUGCACUUUCCUUUCCACACCUGUGACCUGAGGAUCGAUGGAGACUGCUUCAUGGUGUCUUCGGAGGCAGACACCUAUUAUGGAGCCAAGAUGAAAUGCCAGGAAAAGGGAGGGACACUAGCCCAAAUUGAGAGCCAGAAAGUACAGGAUAUCCUUGCCUUCUACCUGAGUCGCCUGGAGACCACCAACGAGGUGACUGACAGUGACUUUGAGACCAGGAACUUCUGGAUCGGGCUCACCUACAAGAUGGCAAAGGACUCCUUCCGCUGGACUACUGGGGAACACCAUUCCUUCACCAGUUUUGCCUUUGGGCAGCCUGACAACCAGGGGUUUGGCAAUUGUGUGGAGCUGCAGGCAUCUGCUGCCUUCAACUGGAACGACCAACGCUGCAAAACUCGAAACCGUUACAUCUGCCAGUUUGCCCAAGAACACAUUUCUCGGUGGGACCCAGGGCCCUGA